AUGGAGAACGAGCCUGGAAUAGUGUCUCCUUUCAAACGAGUCUUCCUGAAGGGUGAAAAAGGUCGGGAUAAAAAAGCCCAGGAGAAGGUUACGGAGCGACGGCCUCUGCAUACGGUGGUGGUGUCCCUGCCUGACCGCGUCGAACCAGACGUGCUGCUGAAUGACUACAUCGAGAAAGAAGUGAAGUAUUUAGGUCAACUCACAUCCAUCCCAGGGUACCUGAAUCCCUCCAGCCGCACGGAAAUCCUGCAUUUGAUCGAUAAUGCAAAGGCCUACAACAUCAAGCUGGUGUGGCGGGAUGGAGAAGAUCUCAUCCUCAGGGUCCCCAUCCAUGACAUCGCCUCCGUUUCCUACAUCCGAGAUGACUCCUCUCACUUGGUCGUGCUGAAAACAGCUCAGGAUCCCGGGAUCUCCCCAAGCCAGAGUCUCUGUGCCGAGAGCUCCAAAGCCCUUACUUCGGGCUCGCUGUCCGAGAGCGGGGUGGUUCCCGUUGAAGCUUGUUGCUUGGUGGUGCUGGCUACGGAGAACAAAGUGACCGCCGAGGAACUGUGCUCACUUCUCAGCCAAGUCUUCCAGAUUGUUUACACUGAAUCCACGAUAGACUUCUUGGACAGAGCAAUAUUUGAUGGGGCGUCCACGCCGACACGGCACAUGUCCUUACACAGCGACGACUCUUCUACAAAAGUGGACGUUAAGGAAUCUUACGAAACGGAAGCAAGCACUUUUUCCUUUCCAGAAACCUUGGAUGCGGGCGACAACUCCCCCUCUUCUUUCUCCACACAACAGUCUCCACACAUUAAGACAGUCAGUGAGAGCGAGCUGAGCACGACAGCGACAGAGCUGCUCCAGGACUAUAUGAUGACGCUCCGAACGAAACUCUCUUCCCAAGAGAUCCAGCAGUUCGCAAUGCUCCUGCACGAGUAUCGCAACGGGGCUUCAAUCCAUGAAUUCUGCAUCAACUUGAAGCAGCUCUAUGGGGACAGCAGAAAGUUCCUGCUCUUAG